UAUACUCUCCCCCAAGUGUAUAGAACGGUAAUGGAAAAUUAAAUUCUGGUAGAGGUAAUCCUGGGAAAGUCUUAAGAAGUGCAAGGAUCCCUUCCAAUAGGGGUUUUCAACUCACACUAGUCAGUUCAGGCUACAAGCACUGCAGAUAAACGACAGCCUGAAGGGUCAUUAGGCUCAAAUGUAAGGUAUGGUUGCUGACAGAAUCCUGCUUCAUGCCCUUUUGGAUUUCAACCCAUUGCCCCACUUUGCAUUGGCUGGCUUAUACAUAAAUCAGCAGUUUCCCUUCCAUGUUAAAUGCCAUUUUUGUGAAAUAAGUAAAUUAAUAAACUGGCUAAAUGAGUUACCACCCUUUUUUAUCCAUCCCCCUUUAGACUUCCUACCACCUUUCAAAAACGUUGAAUGGUCCAUAUUAUAGUCGUUUUUAAAGAAAUGCAUACUAAUUUGUGUAAUUUUAUGCCCUAUUUUAACAGCGUCACUUAGAAUCUGCUGUCCAUUUGUACAAGCGACGUGUUGACUGGCUGUCUAUUGGCUGUAGACGGAUAUUUGGUACAAUUGUGGAAAAGAGGGUGAUUGUGUUGUUGGACAUGUCAAUAUGCAUGUCACCAGCUGUUCCCAAACUACAGGAAGAUCUCAGACUUUUACUUGAACAGCAAAUGGCUAACAAGACCUCCUACAACUUUAUCUGUUUUGGGGAUACUACGGAGAUGUUUCGUCCUGUCAUGGUGGAACCUUCUCCAGAGUAUCUUGAGGCUACUUGGAAGUGGUUUCUUCGCAGAGGAUGUACAGGAAGUAGGAAUUUUUUAGAUGCGUUUAGGAAAGCCGUGGAAAAUGAAGAGGAGAAGGCUCAUGGUAUUGAAGUGGAAGGGAUUUAUGUCAUAACAAGUGGAGUACCCGAUGAGCCAAAGGUAACAAAAUUUAUACAAUCAUA